GUCAUCGUCGAGUCGUUGCGUAGUAAGUUUCACAUUUCGUGCGCGAUUUCCCAAUUCCGUUAGAAAAGUGUCACUUUUUGGGUCAACAUACCCGUUUUUCAGACUUGGAGUGCAACGAUACAGAACACUCUGGAGUCGACACAUGGUCAUCGCAUUAGGAGGAAAAAGGGAAUCCACAUGGCCUGCUGGUUGUAGCGAAGAAACACCGGUGCACGGCGUGUCACGAUCGGCUCUUGCCUACUGAGGUGUCAGCCAUCUUUGUGUCGAUCGUGUCUCUGUGUAGUGAAAUCUGUGAUAAUUUUGCAACGCAACACGGUAGCGUGAGGAAUUUCACGAUUCUACCACUCACCGCUGCCGUCGGUGAGCUUUGCAGCAAAACAUUCGGGAAAAGAAAAUUUACUUUCGAAUAAACAUGUCAUCAAAUUGCUUGAUGGCGCAUGUUUAAAAUUGCGAACCCAUGUUCUACUUGGAUGGGGUACAAUCAUUAGAAAAUACGAAAUUUUAGUCACAUUUUCGAGAAUCAGAACGGGAAGGUGAAGUUUUGCUACGACGACGGGUGGAGCAAGAACAUCAGUGAGCAGCGCAAAGAUCAACUUCACUUAGGCCAUUUUGGCUAAAAAUAGUGAUCGGAUAUUUUUAGUUUAACAACACUCACCCAUACAGGCGCUCGGAGGAGACGCGUGUUUCGAAGUCUAGUCAGCGGGGAGCUAGCGAGAAUGUGUAAAGAAUAACACAUUGGGAAAACGCUCGGAAAAUUAAUGGCCCACCGUGGAUCGUUACUCUAGAGAGAACAAGGUGUGCAGCGACCGCUGAUCAUUUCGGGUAUCAAAUUUACACCAGCAAAAAUUUGUUGUUUGAAAGUACCGGCCUUACUCCGAAUGCCGAAAUAGUAUUACGCGAAGGGAGAGAGAGAAAGACAACACACCGAAAAAGUAAGCAAGAUCAAAAUAAAUUGAAACCCAUUUCGAGAACCACCGCAAAAGUGCCCAUGUAAAUGCCAGUGAAGUAGAAAACAAACCAAAAGGAAAAACAACGGGAAAAUUGUGUCGCGUUGAUGAAAUGUAACAAAAAUAAAACAUCACACCGAAUCGGCUUUUCGGGAGUAUCCGGAAGACAGUUUGAGUGAGAGUCACGACGCAAUUUCGAUAUUGGUGAAGUUAGAGCAGCUAGCUAAGGUAUUUGUUUGAGUGUGUCAACGUGAAUGCGUCACACGAGGCGGCAUUUCGAGAGGAGCAACGUGGUCUCGUGCAGAAGAAUUGCGCGUGGUGAAUUGUGCUGACCGAGUUAAGUUUGGACUACGAUCGUUGGAAUUUGUUGCUGACCAUGGGUUUGGAAGGCGUCCAAUCUCGGCAGAAUGGUACGAAUGGGCUGUAUUCAUCAUCACUACAGUGGUACUAUUUGCCCAACGUAGAUCAUUCGAGCGAAUCUAUUCAACCAAACUCGAAACUAUUCCAAACACUAUGGAGUCCCUUCCCCACAUCCCAGAGUUACUCCAACGGUACCAACGAUUCCCUAUCGCCACUGGGCGAUAGCAUCACCGACCUGUGUGACCAGUUUACCGACCUAACGCUAUUCGGACUUGGCCAGAAUCAAAAUCUCUCCCCUCAGCAGCUGGGUAGCCCCAAUGGUGGCAGUAAUGGUUAUUCGAAUGGCUUAGGAUGUCUGAACGGAUUCGGAGGACGGGAUGGCGUUCGAGGUGGCGAUUGUGGCAUUGGAGGGAACAGGCUAAAUGGAAUGAUAGGGAACGGUGGCGGUGGCUAUUCGGAUGGUAGUGGAUCGCUGAAUCACCAGCAUCACUUGCAACAACACCAUCAUCAUCAGCAGCAUCCAUUGCUUCCGCUGAACGCGCAGCAGAACCAAAAGUAUAGCAAAAUUCCUCCGGCCAACUAUCUUUGUCACUUGUGCUUCAAGAAGGGCCACUACAUUAGAGACUGCCCUCAGGCCCGUCCAAAAGCUGAGGGGAAGACACCGUACCAAGGAAAGAAGCGCUGCUUCGGCGAGUACAAAUGUCCAAAGUGCAAACGAAAGUGGAUGUCCGGUAAUUCGUGGGCUAAUCAUGGUCAGGAGUGCAUCAAAUGCCACAUCAACGUCUAUCCACACAAGCAGAAUUCCCAUUCUUUGCAGCGACCUCUCGAGAAACCCGACGGUCUGGACGUGUCCGACCAGUCCAAGGUCCAUCCGCAGCUGUUGUGUGAAAAAUGCAAGACACUUGGUUAUUACUGCAGACGAAUCCAAUAGCACCAGGCAAAUGUCAUUGAAAUAUGCUUUCGUGUGAGAGAAUGGGCCAUUUUAGCAAUGCCCGAUAUGCCAGUUUUGAAAGUGCCUAAGUGUUGUGUUACCCCUAGUCCUAUUUGAAGCAUCAUUCUCAUAUCUUCCAACAAAUUUAAACGAAUCUAGUUUUAUAUUAUUUUGUUUUGUUUGUGAACAUUUCUUCAUCACAAUUUAGUGUGAGUCAUUUACCGAAAGUAGUAGGGAGAAAUAUGUGCCAUUUAUUUUAAUUUUUAUAUAACGAUCGAAUAUAUUUGAACUAAAAAAAAAACGCUCAGCUGCCAGUUGAAAGGAACUAAUCUGUAUAUAGUACUGAUCUAUCAUGUUUACUUUUUCGUACCGAUCCAGUGAUUCUAUCGAAGCAUUAUAUAAAUAUAUUGGUAGAAUGUGAAUUUUAUUGCAAUACUGAGCGAAACGAGAUUAUAAUGCCAAAAAAUUGUUACCGUACUAAAAACAUUAAAACCACAAAAUCAUGUGCCAAAAACCGAAACUGCGAACCAAUAAAAUGCGAAUGUUUUUACCGAGUUUUUACUUAAA